AUGGCUACUCUAAUUGCUGCAAAAGAUUCUUCUCCAAUUGAAGACGCUGAAAAUAUCAAGAAGGCAUGCAAAGGAUUGGGGACAGAUGAGACAACUCUUAUAUCCAUACUAGCACAUCGAGAUGUAGCUCAAAGGAAACUUGUGAGGCUGGCUUAUGAAGAAAUUUAUCAUGAAGAUCUUAUCCAACAACUCAAAUCUGAACUUUCAGGAAGCUUUCAGAGAGCUAUUUGCGAUUGGACGAUGGAUCCAGCUGAAAGAGAUGCUGCAUUUAUUAACGAAGUAUUAAAGAAGGAAACACCAGAUUACAAAGUAAUUAUUGAGAUUGCUUGCACAAGAACUUCAGAGGAGUUUCUUGCUGUAAAGCGUUCAUACCACUUCCUAUACAAGCAUUGCCUUGAAGAAGAUUUGGCAUCCAAAACAAUUGGUGAUAUCCGCAGACUGUUGGUUGCAGUUGUAAGCACCUAUAGGUAUGAUGGAGACGAGUUUGAUGAAAAUCUGGCCCAUUUAGAAGCAAAUGUUCUUCAUGAAUUAAUAGAACAGAAGACUUUUAACGACGAUGAAAUCUUUAGAAUUUUAUGCACAAGAAGUAAGAAGCAGCUGUGCGCAACUUUUAGCACCUUUAGAAACAUUUAUGGCACGACAAUUACCAAGGGAUUAUCAAUUAGUCCAAUUGAUGAAUACAUGGUAGCACUGCGUACUACAUUUCGUUGCAUUAAGAACCCUCGAAGAUACUUGACCAAGGUUUUAAGCCACGCCUUGAGUAAUUUGAUAGCUGAAGACCAUGCUUUGAGCCGUGUUAUCAUCACUCGUGCAGAGAAGGAUUUAAAUGAAAUUGAUGACAUUUACUUUAAGAGAAAUGGUGUCACACUUGGCAAUUCAGUGGCUAAGAAGACAUCAGGAAAUUACAAGACUUUUCUUCUUGCAUUGUUAGGAAAAAAUUGUGUUUAACGUAUUUGUGUUGUACUUUCUAACUGGGAUCACUAUACUAUCACACUAUAUAUUUAAGAAAAAUACUAUUCUCUAAGUAAGAUAUCAAGGAAAUAUAAAGGAGUUAUUUCUACAAAUUGGUUAUUUAACGGCAUGCAAAUACUAUUGCACAUUUCUUGAAAUAGUGAAAUAC